GGGGGUGGUGGUUUAAGGUUUUGAAUGUAUUGUGGUUUGAGGUAUUGUGGGUGUUAGGUGGCACUGGUUGUACUGGUGGUGUUGGUGUGGAGUGGCUCUGACUUGAUUGGGGUGGAGGCAUAAGCUGUACACUGAGGGUGUAGGGGUUAGUGUAUUGGGAGGUGUGGUGUUGGUGUUGCAGUUCAUGUUUAGGUUGGGAGGAGUUGGGGGUUGUUAGCAAGUAGAGAGGUUGGUUGGGGUGUGUAAAAAUAUGGGCUUAUCUGUAUUUAAGGGUUAGUGUAGGGCUUGGCUUGUAUUAGGUUGGAAGUGUAUUGAAAAGGUUUGAGUGCUUGUGGGUUGUAUGGAUUUAUGCUGGAGAAGAGGGGAUUUGGAGUUGUCUGUCUGGGGUGAAGGAGGGGCUAGGAUAGGAAAUGGUUUUUGUUGAUAUACUGAGGUGAUAGAGCACCGGGGGUUAGAUUGUAUAGAUAGGGUUGUUGGAGUGGGGCACUUCUGCUUUGAUGGUUGUCUGGAGAAGGGGUUGUUUGUUGGUAUGAUAGGUAGGGAUUGGAGUAGUUUUCAACAUGACAGAUGAUUAUUUGCUGUAUGUUGCUGUGGAGGGUUGAAAUUAUAUAGAUUGGAGUUGAGAGGGUUCUUUUGAGAAAAGAGAUUGAGAGUAGAAGGAGGUAUGUAUGGAGUGGAAUAGAGAAAGUUAAUUGUGUAUGUGGGGAAUGCUUUGUGGCUGCCUAUAUGAAGGGUGUUGCAUGAGGAUGAGGGUAAUUGGAAGGGGAUGAUUUGGUUGUGUAAACAAAAGGCUGCUGCUUGUCCAUCUCUUGUCAUUCUUUGGGCUCCUUUGCUGCUCUAGACGUCCAGCUACUGAGGGAUGACUUGAUCUCCUUCUCUGAAGACUUAUAGCAUCUCUUCCUCUGUUGUGCAGAUAGUCUGUGCUUCCUUUGAAGGAUUUUUAUUUAUGAUUCAUGGGAUUUUAGUUUGCAUUUGGCAUUUCAUUUAUAUUACAUGUGUGCUUGCUUUGCUUCUUGUAUUUAGACAUGGAAUUUUAUUUACAUUGUCUAGAUUUCAACAUUUGCAUUGUUUUUAAAAGCCCUAAAUCCUUUUUCUGCUUGACUAGAGCAUAGGGUAUGUAUGUUUAGCUAUAUCUUGUAAGAAGUUGUGGUAAAAACUUGGCUUGCUGUAGUGCUAGGUUUGGGGGUUCUUGUUGCUGGGGGAUUAUUUUUGGUUUUUGGAUUUUAUAUGUGAGAGCUCUAGCAGAUGAGAUGUGGACAAUUGUUUUGCUUUGAGAGAAUCGGUGAAAGUUACACAAGAGUUAAAAAACAUUCAAAUUGAGCAGAUGACAAAGCUUCAGGCCAAGCAUCAGGGAGAAUGUGAUCUACUUGAAGACAUGAGGACAUUCAGUCAGAAGAAAGCUGCGAUUGAGAGAGAGUAUGCACAGGGCAUUCAGAAGUUGGCUAGUCAAUACUUAAAGAAGGAUUGGCCUGGAAUAAAAACAGAUGAGCGAAGUGAUUAUAGAAGCAUGUAUCCAGUUUGGAAAUCAUUUCUAGAAGGCACAAUGCAAGUGGCCCAGUCCCGGCUCAAUAUCUGUGAAAACUACAAAAACCUAAUUUCUGAACCAGCCAGGACAGUUAGAUGCUUUAAAGAACAGCAGUUAAAAAAGUGUGUAGACCAGUUGACAAAGAUCCAGGCUGAAUUACAAGAGACUGUAAAAGAUUUAGCUAAGAGCAAGAAGAAGUACUUUGAAACUGAACAGAUGGCUCAUGCAGUGCGGGAAAAAGCUGAUAUUGAGGCCAAGUCAAAGCUUAGUCUCUUUCAAUCAAGGAUAAGUUUACAGAAAGCAAGUGUAAAGUUAAAAGCACGACGGUCCGAGUGUAAUUCAAAGGCUACCCAUGCAAGGAAUGACUACCUUCUCACGUUAGCAGCUGCUAAUGCACACCAGGAUCGUUACUAUCAGACAGAUUUAGUGAAUAUUAUGAAGGCUCUUGAUGGGAAUGUAUAUGAUCACCUUAAGGAUUAUUUAAUGGCAUUCAGCAGAACUGAGCUAGAGACAUGCCAAGCUGUACAGAAUACGUUCCAAUUUUUACUGGAAACUUCUAGCAGGGUGGUGCAGGAUUACAAUCUUCAGCUGUUUUUACAGGAGAAUUCUGUAUUUCACAGACCACAGCCCUUCCAGUUCCAGCCUAGUGACAGUGACACCAGUUUUAAUGCAGUUCAGCUCGUGGAUAUUGAGCCUUCACCUAUCAGUGCUAUGAGAAUGACUAUAGCAGAGAGUCGCCAACUAGAAUCUGAAACUGGGACAACAGAGGAGCACAGCCUAAACAAGGAAGCCCGAAAAUGGGCCACCCGUGUGGCACGUGAGCACAAAAACAUCAUCCACAAUCAACGGGCACUUGAGGAGUUAGAAUGCCAUGGACCUGUUGUAUCUGAACAAAGCCGAGCAGAACUGGAACAGAAAAUAGAUGAAGCCAGAGAGAGCAUCCGCAAAGCUGAGAUAAUUAAACUCAAAGCAGAGGCUCGUCUUGAUCUUCUAAAGCAGAUAGGGGUGUCUGUUGAUAUGUGGCUGAAGAGUGCAAUGAAUCAAGUGAUGGAAGAACUGGAAAAUGAACGUUGGGCAAGCCUUCCUGUGGUGACCAAUAAUGGCUCGUCACAUCUGCUUAAUCCUGAUGCAGAAAGGGAAGAAGGGGAAGAAUUUGAAGACAGCAUGGAUGUGUUUGAUGACAGUAGUUCUAGUCCUUCUGGAACUCUAAGAAAUUAUCCACUAACCUGCAAAGUUGUUUAUUCAUAUAAGGCUUCUCAGCCAGAUGAACUGACCAUUGAGGAACAUGAGGUAUUGGAAGUGAUUGAAGAUGGAGACAUGGAAGACUGGGUAAAGGCACGAAAUAAAGCCGGCCAAGUGGGUUAUGUGCCAGAGAAGUAUCUACAGUUCCCAACAUCCAACAGUCUGUUGAGUAUGCUGCAGUCACUUGCAGCAUUGGAUAGUCGGUCACAUACCUCAAAUAAUUCAGCGGAAGCUGAGCUUGUUUCAGGAAGCCUAAAUGGAGAAUCCAGCGUCUGUUUUGUAAAAGCACUUUAUGAUUAUGAGAGCCAGACAGAUGAUGAGCUGUCCUUCCCGGAAGGAGCAAUCAUCCGUAUAUUGAACAAGGAGAACCAGGACGAUGAUGGCUUCUGGGAGGGGGAGUUCAAUGGUCAUGUUGGGGUUUUCCCAUCCGUGUUAGUGGAAGAACUUACAGCCUCAGAAAAUGGAGAGAUUCAAUGGAGUGGAGACAUUCAGAUAUCUCCAAAACCUCAUAAUUCUCUUCCACUGUUGCCACUGUAUGACCAGCCACCGAUUAGUCCCUACCAUAGUCCUGAUAAAAGAGGCUCCCAGUCCUUCCCUAGGUCACCAUCAACUAAUGAAAAUAGUUUCGGCUCCGAUUCUCCUGGAUUCUCACAGCCUCCACGACUUGCUCCUGAAACCUCAUAUGGCAAACUGCGACCUGUACGAGCUGCUCCUCCUCCCCCUACACAUCAUCAUCGCAGAGCAACAGAGAAGAUAGAGGAUGUGGAAAUAACUCUGGUAUAAUGAUGGGACUGGCAAAAUCGUAGUGCUACAAUCAAGGCCAAAUGUGGUGUUUGGUCAAUCUCGUUUUUAGGCACCUUUGCAUGAUAAAGACUUUUCAUAGACAAGAAAUGGGGAGGAUUAUAGGUGACAGUGGAUUCCUUCCCACAGUCAUGAAUAUUUUGUGCCUUUUUUGUUUUUAUAUACAUCAUCCUUCCUCCCUUAGCACAAACCAAGAUGGGCCAAAUGGUAAGCAGAGGAAUGCAUUGGAGCAGAUUUCUCUUUUGGCUAAAGAUGAUCAGUUUUUAUAUGGAGGUUUAGGAGAGAGCCUCAUUCAUGCAACUUAGUCAUAGCAUACUUAUACCAUGUGCAUUAGUACAGUAUAUUACUGUUGCUGUAGGAAUGUGUUAAAAAUUUUAAAUUCAACUAGCAUUAUGUGUCUGAUUAAAUAGUAAUCAGAUUUUAUGGAAUAAAAAAGGGAACAAAAGAAUAGGUUUAAGAAGAGGCUGGCUCCUCUUUCAUCCCCUCAUAGAAGAAAAAGAAAAGGCAAAUAAUCUUAUAGAUAAGGAAAAGUGCUGAAGAUCAUAUGGCGUUAAUUGUUUUAAUGCACAGCUCUUCAAUAAUUAAAAAUCAGAACAAAAUAUUCUUGGUAUUAAUAUUUAUGCAGUUCAUUUAGUAAUAGAGUAUCUAAUAAGGAGGUGCUGAAUUAGUAGCAACAUCUUGUUCUAUAGCAUAAACCAACCUGUAGAAAAGUGACAUUUUGUCUAGAUCUGGAAACUGAGCUUCAUUUUUUUUCUUAGCACAUUUCUUUUAAUAGUUGGGUCACUUUUUUUAUCCCAGUUAUUGUUGUUCUUUAUUAUCCAGCAUUAUCGAUAUAUCUUUGCCAUCAAAACAUCUGGUUAGAGUUAGAAGUGCCAUUCAGAAAACUUACAUGCAUUAUUUAGUGUCUGCUUUGGGUAGUCCCAUUGAAUUUCUCCAUGCAAAGCCCAUUCACUAGCCAAGACUAGAGAACCUGGAAAUCCGUAGUUCACUCCAGUCCUUCAGAAUCCAUCUUUGGGGUUGAAAGCACUAGAGAAGAUUAAGCUCUCAAAUUAUUUUUAUGCAAGAUACAGGGAGUACAUGGACUUUAAGGCUAAUUUUCCACCUAAUUUCUCUAUGAAAGGGACUGUUGAUAUUUUAGAAAAAUUGAGGUAUUCUGUGUUAUAACAUCAAUGAAAAUGGGUAAGGAGAGGAGGGGAAUCCUUCAUCCCAAGGAAAAAGAUUUUCUCUCUAAAUAUGAUCAUUAAACUGUUCUGAAAAUAGCAAAACCCAACAGAUCAAAUCUUCAGUGAAAAACCAUUGACAAAACAUUUAGAGCUAUUAUAUGGGUUAUAUUGAAUACAUUUCUGUGUGUUCGUAUUUUUCCUAAGCCAGUGAAUUAAAAGUCUGCAGUUAGUUAACUAAAAAGGGCGCUUUUUUUUUUGAGACUGCAUUUACGAAAUCAUUGUACAACAUUUUAUCAUAAAUUUUGCACAUAUUUCUAAAUUGCAACCCAAGCUGGGUGUCUGGAACAUUAGUAUUUGCCAAUCUUUUCUCCCAGGGGGAUGUUAACUAAGAGUGGAGCUGUUUGGAUAAAAAUGUCAUAAAAUCUAUGACUGUCCUUUGAAGAUUCUUUUCCAUGUUUUUCAUUCUUUUGCAUCACUCAUCCUGUUGAUCUGUUUGAGGUCUUUUUAUGUUUAUCAAACUUAUUCUUAAGUUUUAAAAAAAAGUUUUUGUUUUUUUUUUAAUUUAACUGUUGGCAAAAAUUUGAAAAGUUUCAAGAUGAAGAAGAAAAGCAAGUAUUGCCAUAAUGUUAUGUUCAGUUUUCUUGGCCAGUUUUUCUGUGUCCUUCAUACCCAGACUUUCAAAAUUCAGAAAGUGUUAUUUUAAAUAUCUUUAGUUGUAUUUUAAAAUAUUUUCUGUAAGAGCUGCUAAUUUUAUUUAAAAAAAUAAGAAAAGUUGUAAAAAUAUGCCUCCUUUUUAACUAUGACUUCUUCAUACAGGGCAUGUAUCGACCUAUCACCAUGUACAGUGUCAAUAUACUGGAAGCAGAGGUGCAAAUGCUUUCUUUCUAUUGGCUGUAAAAAGUUUGUAUUUAUUAUGUAUAAAAUGUUGAAUAAUAAAAAAGUGAAAUUAAACCCAGGAGAGUUUCUUGGUACAC